GGGGAGAUGGAUCAUAAUAAGUACCUGCUAUAACAUACUAGAGGAGCUUCAAGAACUUAAGGAAGAAGGUAGUUAUGGAUUCCACCAGAUUUUCCAGCGCUUCAGUCAUCUUCGGAACACUGCUUCUCUUGCAGAUGGUGUAUGAAGGUUGCAGUGCAAGGAAGAUGGGGAAAAGUUGUGAUGAUGGUGGGAAGAUACAAGAAACAGGUUUGCAGCAUCAUUCACCGCAGUCGUCAUCUUCAUCGUACAUGGAUCCUCAGCUGAAUGUUUUCUUCACUCCCAAAGAUCUGGAGAUUGGGAAAAGGUUGCCUGUGUUUUUCGACAUCAACAAUGAUCCAUCAACUUCCCCCCAUCUUCUAUCCAGAGAAGAAGCCGAUUCCAUUCCUUUCUCAUCCGCCCACCUCCCUUACCUCCUAAACUUCUUCUCCUUCUCCGCCGCCUCCCCGCAGGCCACGGCCAUGGCGGAAACCCUCCGCCACUGCGAGUUCCGGCCGAUGGACGGAGAAACCAAAUUCUGCGCCACGUCUCUGGAAUCCUUGCUCGACUCCACGCGCCAAACAUUUGGAUCAAGUUCCAAGUUCAGAGUUUUAGCGACGAAAUUUGUGACGAAGCCGUCUGUUUCUCUGCAGAAUUACACCGUCGUGGCGGCGCCGAGAGAGAUUCCGGCGGAAAAGAUGGUGGGGUGUCACACUCUCCCUUACCCUUACGCGGUGUUCUAUUGCCAUAGCCAGCAGGAAGGGCGGAAUAAGGUGUUCAGGAUUUCGUUGGUGGGGGAAAACGGAGAAGACAGAGUUGACGCCGUCGGAGUUUGCCAUAUGGACACCGGAAAGUGGAACCCGAACCAUGUCUCAUUUCGAGUGCUGGGUAUCGAACCCGGCUCCUCCCCGGUCUGCCACUUCUUCCCGGUGGAUAAUCUUGUUUGGCUUCCUUUGCCUUAAUUAGAAGUUAAUAUCAUCAUUUCUUUCAUAACCAGAAAAAUAGACGUCACUACUUGAAACUUUAAAAUGUAUGUAUGUAUUGUGAGCAAAUUUUAUUUUUGUGUAAUAUUAUCCUAUUGUGUAUAUA